AUUGUGUGUGUAUAUAUAGAUGGCUAUCAUCUGGGAAGAAGAACACAACACAACUCACCACAAACACACAAUUUAAUUCCAAAAGAAAAGAAAAAACAAAAGAUGAAUGCCACAAAGUGUGUUGUGCUUCUCGUGAUUGGCGUUUGUUGUGCCAUUGUCACCGCAAGGCACGUCGAAGAAGUGUCCAAAGAGACCAAAUUAGGCACCUCUCUUCCAAAAACUACUACCAAAGGCGUUGGAGCUCAGCUUUCUGCUUAUGGCGCUACUUACAGCACCAGUGAUGUCUAUAGCUUUGCUAAUGCUUUUAAAAAUCCCAAAGGUCCAGGGAGCAAUGCAUACAAAAAUGGCUACACAGGUACCAACGGAGUAGUCUAUGCCAAGGGUCACAAGGCAAGAGUUUCUUCUGCAAGUCGUUCUAAAGCUAACGGCAAUGCUGAAGCUGCAGUGACUCACAAAGCUGCUGCUGCACGUGCAAAAGGUUUGGUAAAAUCCGACUCAAGGGUGAAGGGCAGUUCCUCUGGGAAGAAGAAGGGCUACAAAGGAUAAAAGAAGAAUUGAGCGUGAGGCGAUCUCAUGCUUAUUGCUCAAACCUAUUAAUAAUAUCCUACAAACUCACAAUCUCUUUUCUGUUCAUAAAUAAAACUAGAGAUUGUCACCUCUAAAUAUUAUUAUGAAAUGCUACUCUUUUCAUUGACCUCUGUGAACCUUCCAAUUUAGAAAAAAUUCUAAACAAUA